UCACUUUAAUAGUACUAUAUUAGUUUCAAAAUUUAAGUUUUUAAUUAUUUGUAUCUUACAUAAAUAAUAAUAUCAAUGGUAAUUUACAAUUUUUCAGUUGAAAGUAAAUCUUAAUUGUUACCUACUAUAGUUUCUUUAAAGUUUUACAAAAAUUAGUGUGUACUACAAUAUUAACUACAUACCUACUACUGGUUGGCAUUAUCAAAUUAUCGCAACAUUGAUUUAUGGUUUAACCAACUGUUAUGAAUAAUGAUUCAGGUAUAAUUAGUUUUCAACAUUGUAAUCAUAAGAACAUAUACUGUAUAAACAUUCCAACUAAUUGUCCUAUUUGCAAAAAAUGUUUAAAAUAUAUGCAAAAUAUUCCAGUCAGAGUUCCUUAUCCUUUUGUAAGAGCAUCUCAGCAAUCAUGCUCUAUUAUCGUGAAACCAACUCAAGGCGAUUUUUUAAAUAACUACCAAUUAAUGGAUGAUUUACAUAUUGGAGUAACAUCUUCAAGGGGUACUGUUGUAUCUUACGAUUGGAAUGGAAUCAUUGAGGAUACAGACAAUUGGCAAGAAUGUUUAGUUGUGUUUCAACUAAAUGAUCAUUUUAUGGAAAAAUAUUGGGAUACUGUAUUAACAAAUAUAGUAAAAAAUGAAUGUUGGAACAGUUCUAGAUACAACGAAGAGGAUCACAAUUGUUUUUCGUUCAUAAUAGCUUUUAUGAAACAGUUUUACACCUUCAAAUCGCCGGUACAUCAUAUCGAAACGAGAGAAGAUUUUGCAGAAUUAUAUGUAGCUCCAACUACGAUAAAAGCUUAUAAAUACAUUUAUCUCUACAGAAAAAUAAUACAAAAUGGUUUCUAUAUUUACAGCCAACCGUCGAAUGAAAUAUUGUGUACACAAUAAAAUACAACUACUGUACAUAGGUACAUAAAGUUUUUCUUUUUUAUGUUUAAUAUUAAUAUUAUUCCAUUUUCAUCAAUAGUCAAAUUGGCUUAAAAUUAACUGUCGAACUGAUAUACUUUAUUUAAUUUGACAGUAUUGUGGUCAUAAAAAUCUUGAGAAUGCUUAUCAGAAACGAUUUUUAAGGAGUUAAAUGUAGGCAAUAAGGCUGAGAAUCAUUUGCGCACAUAACACAAUAUAUUUUUUAAAUUUAUGACAACUCAUUUGUGCACAAAAUUGUGAACAAUAAAAACCAGCUUGUUUGUACAGUUUUUGGUGUAUAGGGUGUCUGUAUAUUUCUAAAGUAUAUAUGUAUUUUAUUUUUAAUCGUAAUUUCCUAUCAGUAUGAAUACCUACUAUUACCUACCUAAUGUAAUAAUCGCAAUUACCGUGCUCGCUCAAGUAUAUGAGCCGCGUGGGAGUGAGGGACAAGCUUUAAUCUUUAGUGCUUUAUUUCUUACACUAUUUUUAUUAAACGUUUCCAGCGAUAAUUGAUUAAACUUAUAAAGUUAUAAGUUAUAACAAACAUUAUACGCUUUAGUUCAGUUUCCGAUUGCGGUGUAUUAACAAUACGUUGCAAUAAAACUAUUUUGUUUAACACGAAGAGAAAACCUUAUUUAUUAAACAAUUACAAAUUUUGAGAAUACAGGCAAUUAAAAAAGGAUUUUUUUAAUUUUUGAUGUACUAAUAUACCUAUGUUGUAAUUUUAGUGUUAUAAAUAAUAAUAGUGAACAAAUUAUCGAUCAACUUAAAAGGUUAGGUUAUGAUUAGGUAGACAAAAAGUUUUAAGCCUUAUAGGGUGAAAGAAAAUGUUUGAGUAUUAUAUGUUUCACCAUCGACCAAUUCGAAAAUUUGGAGAGGUAUGCUGGUUAUGUACAUCCUAAGUGAUUAAAUUUCUCCGAAAAAAGAUUUCUAUUGUUCGAAAAUUAUGCACAAAUAAGUUGUAGACGAAAAUGAUUAUAAAAUUUGGCAAAAUUGUUAAAAAUCUUAAAGCGCGGGUGCUGUAAUAACUAUCGCGUAAUCUCAAUAUUUGCUUAAAAAUGAGUAAAGAUGUUGUACAAUGUACAUCUAAUUUUUUUUAUUUGUUACGGAUAGAAAAAAUUAGGUAUCUUUAUUUCUUUGAUUGUUGUUUUUAAGUUUUAAUAUUCCGUAUAAUGUACAUUUAAGACUUUAAAAUAGGUAAUUAUUAAUAAAGUCUAGUUGUGUCAAUCGCAAAUCAACAAAUGUUUAUACCAAUAAGCUUUAAAAAAAAAAUCCUUCGACGAAAGUAGGUACAAAUAUUCAUAAAAUCUACUUAUUCAUAAUGAAAUGUUUCAUGACAAUUCUAUGAUUAAAUAUGAAAACAUGUAUUUAUAGGUUUGAUUUUGUUAUGUUAGUAUCCUCUCCAACAAGUUUUGAUUAAAUGUUUUGUAAAUUGUAACUUGCAAUAAAAAUAAAAACAUCUAAUCUCUGAUAUGAAACACAAAUACCCUGGUCCUCGGUGGACAGUUAAACUAGAAUAUUGUGCUAAUGAAAAAUAACUGGAAAAUAGUGUUCUAAAGUGUUUCAACCCACCAAUUCUAUCCUAUCUUAUAUAUUUUGUGUGUUUUGGUUACUGUCUAAUGACAGAUCAGCACGCACAUCUCUACAAUGUUUAAUACUAUAAUUAUUUGUGUGUUAUAGUAUACGUAGGUAUAGAAUAGGUGCAAUAAUAAUAGAUAGUAGGUAAUAAAAAAAAAAAAAAAUGAUUAAUUAAAAACUUAGUUGAUUUUUUUUUCACGAUUAUACACUAGUAAUUAAUUAAUAGGGAACUUUAUCAAAAGUAUAAUCAUAAUAUAUAUCAUCAUAAUUAUGACAUUGACAUUUUAAUCUAGUAAUAUGUGUAUAUGUUUUAUAGAUACACUUAUGUAUAUAUAUAUAUAAAUAUACAAAUUGUACAACAGAUUUUUUUUUUAAAAACAUUUUGUAUACAGUGAGUCGUGUUAAAAAAUAAAAAAAAAAAAUAAAAAAAAA